AUAACAAAAACCACAACAGAAAUAACACAUAAAGGAUAUUAUUGUCCGUAUCCUGGCUACGCUAAAAAUGAAUUUAUUCUUAGCCACUCUAUGUGUGAUUUUAAUGCAAAUGUCUGAACUUGUAGCAGCUCGAUUUUGUGAAGGUGGUCACAUAUGUUCCUUACCAAGAGAGUGUUGUACACAAGGAUGCUGCCCACCUUAUCAAAGUGGACCACGACAGUUGCCACCUCCGUCUGAACAUGUGUUAAACCUAUUUUUUAUAAGUCAUUGGUUUUUUUGGUGUGUUGUGGUAGCAAUAAUUUUAGCAAUCCUAUGUGCCUAUUCGCUGUGGAAAAAGAGACGCACGCUGUGUGGCUGGGGAUUCAACGAACAUCAUGUACAAUCGGAAGGCGAUUCGGCAGGUUCGUGUUAUGCCCCACCACAAUACAGUCGUUGCAAUUCAUUUCAUCAUCCACCGCCUCCAUAUACCGAGGUUACAUCGAAACCGGACUUGUACCCAUUGGUGUUCACGUGUAAUAGUGAUAAUGGUAAAAACGGUUCCAGUUACCUUAUGGUGCAAUAUUUUCGUAAUUAUAUAGUGCGCCCUGCUGGAUCUUUGUCAGCGGCAAGUACGGUAGAUUCACUUAGUUCUAGUUUUAUAUGCAACAUCAACGAAGCAAAUACUCUGGUACCACCGCCGUAUUCAAGGGCGGCUAGCCCUGAAAUAGGUUUCAGUCCACACUUUCAGCAACAGUACAUGAUGCCGCGCUCGGCAUCGCAGCUGGUAUGUCAAAAUGUUAAUGGCGGCGUUCUAAUGGCUAGUGGCACAAGCGGGAAUGGUAACGGCCAGUUUGAGUUGAAUAGCGGUUCAAACGGAAAUCCGCAAUACAACUACAAUAAUGGACGAAAUGUGAAUUAUGGCCCAGUCAGUAGUCAAAGUAAUUCAUCUGCUAUGGGCCGGUUUAAUGGUGUGGGAAGUACAGGGAACGAAAGGAUGACCCAUUAUAAUGAUAAUUUUAGGGAAUUUGAAAACGAUGUUACCUAUGAUAUUGUUGGAAGUGGCAGUGGUGGUGUUGGUGAUACAGAAGAGCGCACAAAUGGCGAUCAUGACGAUGCAAAUGUGAUAAAUAUUAGUAAUAGUAGCACUGAUUUACGUACGUUACCCAAUAGCAGUGGCUUUGUACAGUCCCAAAGUGAUCAACAGUUUCGUUAUAUAACGAACAGCAACAGCAGCAUUAGUGAUAUUUUUGCCAACAAUAGCUGCGCUGCGGGAAUUGGUGGGAAUGGGAGCAGCAGGCAACAGCAACGCUCAGAAGAUUCGUCUCUGGCCGGGUCAAUUUCUGGUGCAGGUGCCGUCGUUCAUCCCCAAGUUGGUGGUACACCAGUAAUCUACAGUAACGGCUGCAUCAAACCUAAUCCUCUGCAUCGUGUUAGCACUAAUCCUACGCAUUUUCAUGUAGAUUCGUCUACUAGAGAACCGGUUUUUUAUCAAUCGAACAAUUCUUUAGGCGGUAUUUCCGUAACAGUUCCUAGUGGAAUCGAAUUCGAUUCAACAAUGGUUCGCAAUGACAACGAAAUUCGAGACUUGCAAUUCUUACGACGCAGCCUAGAAACUUGCUGUCAGCUACUGCAGCAACAGCAAAAAAUUCCCUCAGGGAGCUUUGCGGUCGGAGAUUCACCAUUGCGCAUGAAUGAUUUGACAAAAAAAUACAUUGACGAUGGACUCUUGCGUAGUUAUGUAACAUCGGGUACCUGUUCAGGCGUUAGCAGUUUAGCUAAUGUGGGAACACCAAGUUCCCCGCCACAGGCCACUAGUCCUACCGGAGAGGUUAAAGAAAUACUCGACCAGAUUCGUCAGCUGCAAGAAGGUGUUAGCAAAUACGAAGAGGAUUUAGUUUUUCGAACAUCGACUAGACCUAUACUCCAUCAUACAAUGUCUUCACCAUCGCCCGCAGCCAAUAAAUCCAAUUCACUGGCCUUAGAAUCGGGAGGGAAACUUCAACGUAUAGCCACCAUGCCUGAACAGCAAACAAUGCCGGAAGCAUCAAAACCCAGCCGUACGGCUACUUCCACUGUUAACAACUCGCUCGCAAACUCUGUACAAUCGAUACCAUCAGCAACGUCAUCAGCUGUUGUAGCUGCUCAAGCAGCCAAAAUGACGAAUAGCAAAUCGUUGCUCAGCAGUAAUAGUGCUGGCAAUGGCAGUGGUUUUUCGUUUACCUCAUCCUCGAAACGACCAUCUACCCUACAACACAGCAAAAAACGCUUUUACACAUCCAAGCCACCCAACAAAGCUUUGUAUAUUCCUAUGACAGCCACAAAUCAGUUGUCAUCAGGCAGUCGUUGUACCAUUCUCAAGAGUCCUGUAACUAGUGUUGUGAAUUCGAAUUUCUUUAUUAAUCGUGCCAGCCGCCCCAGAAAAGGUUGGAUCUCAAGAUCAGCACCUACAACUCCUGCUACACCAUUACCACCCAGCUACAUGGGUGACGACAGUCCGCUGCUAAACGAACACGAUGAAGAUCCGGAGGGCGAACAAAAUGCCGAAAUGGAUAAUUAGACACUUAGAUAAAUUUUAACAAUUUGCACACCCUUUCCAUACACAAGUACGCACAAAACUAAAAUGGGCCUCGAUGUGCAAAUUAACAAUCUUAGAUUCCAGAAUUGUGGUUAUAAA